UAAAAAAAAAAAUAAAAAAAAAUUAAAAUUAUGAUCUCCCUUCAAGGUUCAUUGAUGCAGAUGCUCUUAAGAACCAGUUACUAACAUUAUUAGACAGAUGUCAAUUACACAAUGUCUGAACAGGUUUCAAUAAGUUAAGAUAAUUAUAAUAUUAAUAUUUUUAUUUUUUUAGAAACUGUUACAGACUCUAAGACCAGCUCCAUCGGUUGCUUUUUUAAUAAGGUUCUAAAAAAAGAAAAAUAUUAAAAUAAUAGCAUAAGGAGAGAGACUGUUAGAAAAGGUUCUUUGCAAAGGAUUUUUAGAACGGUUUUAUGACACAAGUUACCAUAUGUCAUGAUAUAAAUGGCUUAUCAUUUACAAACAAAAUAAAAGUUAAUCAGAAAAUUUUAUUAUGCUGUAAUAUUAAUAUUUAAUGGUUAAUAUACUGAUUUUUAGAACUUCACCGAUGGUGAUGCUCUAACCGUUAAUCAUGCUCUUAGUUACUUUAGUCACGGGAGUUGUUCAAAAAAAAAAAAGUUACUUUAGUCACGGUUUAAAUAUUCUGUUUAGGUGUUUGGUGGUAAACAGAUUUAUAUAGUAGAGUCGUAGACGCUUAUUAAAGUAAAACAUUAAUAGCCGAUGCACUAAAACGUAUAUAUAAUCCGUUGCAUAGUUCUCUAGCUCUUUAUGUUCGAUUUUCUCAGCGAACGAAUGUUUUCAAUGUAAAACCAGUAACAGUGGUUACAUAUAUAUAUCCUGGAUUCCCCAACACUCUAUUAAAUCACUAAUAUUACAGAAGAAUAAUACUCUAAUUAUUUUCUGCUGUUUUUUAAGUGCAUAUAUAACACGAGGAGUUUUGGCAGGUCACCUACAAAAACAGUUAGAAUAUUUCAAAUUCCCAACCAAACAGAAUAUUAUUAAAUGAAUAUUAAAAUAUAGAUAUUUUGAAACGUUAGAAUCGUAAUAAUUUUCAACAAAUGUGGUAGUGCUCAAGAUGGACCCGACCCAUCCAGCAUUUUCCUAGCAUCUUCCAUAACCCUUUCAACACACGAGGGUAUUAAGAACUUAAGAUCAUUUGACAGUAAAAUAGUAUAAAUAGGAAGGUGAGGCUCUUCUCCAUGCAGAGAAAACAAGAAAUACAACUUACUUCGAUUCUUCUUUUCCCUCUCUAUAUUCUACACAAAAGAAUUGAACAAUUUUACCUCAAACCCUUCGGAUCCCACUUCCACUACAACGCAAAACAUCAUUGUUCAGCAACAUGUAUCUCCUCACAAUACUUCAAGCCUUUGUGACUAUAACCCUAGUGAUGCUUCUCAAAAAACUGAUCACGAAUCGAAACAAAAAGAAAAUUUCUCUCCCACCAGGUCCCACCGGAUGGCCAAUCAUCGGAAUGAUUCCAGCGAUGCUAAAGAGCCGUCCCGUUUUCCGUUGGCUCCACAGCAUCAUGAAGCAGCUAAACACCGAGAUAGCCUGCGUGAAACUAGGAAACACUCACGUGAUCACCGUCACGUGCCCUAAGAUAGCACGUGAGAUACUCAAGCAACAAGACGCUCUCUUCGCCUCAAGACCUAUGACUUACGCACAGAACGUCCUCUCUAACGGCUACAAAACCUGCGUGAUCACUCCCUUCGGUGAACAGUUCAAGAAAAUGAGGAAAGUCGUGAUGACGGAACUCGUUUGUCCUGCGAGACACAGGUGGCUUCAUCAGAAGAGAGCAGAAGAAAACGAUCAUUUAACCGCUUGGCUAUACAACAUGGUCAAGAACUCUGGAUCAGUCGAUUUUCGGUUCGUGACUAGGCAUUACUGCGGAAACGCUAUCAAGAAGCUUAUGUUCGGAACAAGAACGUUCUCUGAAAACACCGCACCGGACGGUGGACCGACCGCAGAGGAUAUCGAGCAUAUGGAAGCUAUGUUUGAAGCAUUAGGGUUUACGUUCGCUUUUUGUAUCUCUGACUAUCUACCUAUGCUCACGGGGCUUGAUCUUAACGGUCACGAGAAGAUUAUGAGAGACUCGAGUGCUAUUAUGGACAAGUAUCACGAUCCAAUCAUUGAUGCAAGGAUCAAGAUGUGGAGAGAAGGAAAGAGAACUCAAAUCGAGGAUUUUCUAGACAUUUUCAUUUCGAUCAAAGAUGAACAAGGAAACCCAUUGCUUACCGCCGAUGAAAUCAAACCCACCAUUAAGGAGCUUGUAAUGGCGGCACCAGACAAUCCAUCAAACGCCGUCGAAUGGGCCAUGGCGGAGAUGGUGAACAAACCGGAGAUCCUCCGUAAAGCAAUGGAAGAACUCGACAGAGUUGUCGGAAAAGAAAGACUUGUCCAAGAAUCCGACAUCCCAAAACUGAACUACGUCAAAGCUAUUCUCCGUGAAGCUUUCCGUCUCCAUCCCGUCGCCGCCUUUAACCUCCCACACGUGGCCCUUUCCGACGCAACCGUCGCCGGAUAUCACAUCCCUAAAGGAAGUCAAGUCCUCCUUAGCCGAUAUGGGCUGGGCCGUAAUCCAAAAGUUUGGGCCGACCCACUUAGCUUUAAACCGGAGAGACAUCUCAACGAGUGCUCCGAAGUUACAUUGACGGAGAACGAUCUCCGGUUUAUCUCGUUUAGUACCGGUAAAAGAGGUUGUGCUGCACCAACUUUGGGUACGGCGUUGACGACGAUGAUGCUCGCGAGACUUCUUCAAGGUUUCACUUGGAAGCUACCGGAGAAUGAGACACGUGUUGAGCUGAUGGAGUCUAGUCAUGAUAUGUUUUUGUGUAAACCGUUGGUUAUGGUCGGUGAGUUGAGGUUGCCUGAGCAUCUUUAUCCGACGGUGAAGUGAAACCACGGACGGCGUAUAUACAUUAAAUAACUCUAUGUACUUAUAUAACAUCAUCUAAGUUUCGUCAAUCUCCGGUUACCAGAAGAUAAUCGGUCAAUUUCUGAUCGAACUUGUGUGUGGUUUUGUUUCCUUUGGGGACACUUGGAAGUUUUUUUUUCUUUUACUUUUAAUAAAACUUGUUCUUUUUUUUAAUAAUAAGAAGACUAUCCAAUUAAUGUAUAUAUCUCAUCAUAGCAAUUUAAGAAAUUGUGUGUUUAUAAAGUUGAGCAAAAAAGUAAA